AUGUCAUCAGUUACAACCACCCAGGCUGGGCAGUCUGUCCGCGUGACGAACGAAGACCAGCUACCCCCCGUCCCAUCUGCAGCAAACGAUGCAUCAUUCCAGGGUCUUGCCCGUGGAGGUCGCAACGGCACCCUGAAGCUGCGCGGCAUUCCCACAUUCACCAACUUGCACGAGAAGCGUCAAUGGAUGAGAGAGCACAUGGCAGCCGCGUUCCGCUACUUUGGCAAGCAGGGUUAUGGGGAGGGUGUGUCGGGACAUAUUUCGAUGCGAGACCCCAUCCUGAAGGAUCACUUCUGGAUGAACCCGUUUGCGAAGCAUUUCUCGACCAUCAAGGCCUCGGAUCUGGUCCUCUUGGAUGAGAAUGGAUUCGUCGUUGAGGGUGGAGCUCAGCUGCCGGUGAACGAGGCGGGUUUCCUCAUUCAUUCCGAGAUCCAUAAAGCUCGUCCGGAUGUUGUUGCCGCGGCUCAUACGCAUGGUAUCCAUGGCAAGACGUGGAGUGCCUUUGGAAAGCCAAUUGAGAUGUUGACUCAAGAUGCGUGCAACUUCUUCGGCGGACUGGGUGUUUACGAAGACCAUGGUGGCAUUGUUCUCUCCUCCGAGGAAGGCAAAGCAAUUGCAAAGGCUCUAGGGCCAACCAAUAUCGCAUGUAUCCUGCAGAAUCAUGGUCUUCUCACUGUCGGUCGGACGGUGGAUGAAGCCGCGAUCCUUUACUCCAUGCUUGAACAUGCGUGCCACUCACAGCUGCUGGCUGAAGCGGCAGCAGCCAAUGGAUUGCCGAAGAAGAUCAUCGCAGACGACGCUGCGAGAUUCACGGCGCAGGCUGCGCAGAACCCUGUAAGUGUUCAUGUCGACGAACGUCGGAAUCAUACCGUGCAUACUGACUUCCUGCAGCAUAACUUCUAUACUGAGUUCCAACCGGAAUUUGAAUUAAUCGUUGAAGAAACCAACGGAAGGGUUUUGCUGUAA